GUCGCAUGGUCCAUUUGACAACAAACUCACCACCUUAUAUACUGCGUUUUUUUAAUUGCUCAGAAUAGCACAAAUAACAUGGGAAAGGAUGGCGAAAAGAAAACUUACUGACAUAACAGUCAGGUGUUUAGAUGACAGAAUGCUGCAUUAACAAAAUCCAACAAGAUGUUUGUAUUAGCAGACAUUAAGGACACUGUGCGUAUUCCCCCAUGGCAGUUCAAUGUCAAACUCACAGAUGCCGUGGUAGAGGCUCUUAACAAAAAACUAGCUAAUAAGGUUGUUCACAAUGUAGGACUAUGUAUAGCUCUGUGGGACAUCACUAAGCUAGAAGACAGCUACAUAUUACCAGGGGAUGGUUCCUCCCAUACUGUUGUUCAUUUCCGCUACGUUGUCUUCCGCCCAUUUAAUGAUGAAGUUGUGAUUGGAAAAAUCAAGAGCAGUAGCAAGGAAGGAGUACAUGUGUCACUAGAGUUUUUUGAUGACAUCUUAAUACCAUCUGAUGCUCUUCAACAUCCAUCCAGAUUUGAUGAGAGAGAGCAGCUGUGGGUGUGGGAGUACAUGGUGGAUGAGGAAAAACAUGAUCUGUACAUGGAUGUGGGAGAGGAAAUCAGGUUCCGUGUUGUGGAUGAGGUGUUUGUGGACACCACCCCCUCUGGCCCUGAGGUAUCAGCAGAUAGCACUGAGGUUCAGGAGACGGACACCAAGAAAACUCCAUAUUCUUUAAUAGGCUGUAUUAAUGAGCCCGGCCUAGGAUUGCUCUCCUGGUGGAGUAAUACGUAACCAAAAAAUGAGCCAGGAAAUGCUGUGGUGUAACGAGGAGAAUUGAGCUUUCUUUGUUGAACAGUGAAAGGAAGAGACUGAUAUGGAUUUGUAUGUAGAGAGGCGACAUGAGACGUGCAUGUCACGAUGGAACAACAUCAGAUGGUGAAAAUGUCAAACUCCAUGUUAUCUGCACAAACCUCGUCUUUCAUUAAUGGAAUUAACGUGUCUGCCCGUAUGCCUAAUGUGAUAUCGGAGGAAUUUUUUCCUCGGCGGCUUUCUUUUAUUAGCCGUUUUCUAAGUCGGCAAUGAGCCCAGGCACCCGGUGAGAACCACCGGACACAAUACGUGUAAACCGUGCAUUGAAUAUGACCACAAACUGUAGCAGCGAGGGUAAGACCUGUGCCAAGAGAAGGAGUGGUAAUGGCCUAUCGAUUUGUUAGAGCUUUUUCUAAGCCUAUAUAUAUAGUUACAUUAUACUCAACGAGGCUUAUACUU